AGAUUCUUUGAGUAUAUAUUGCUCUACAAAGAUGCAGUGAUGUUUCAGAUUGAACAAGUUACAAAGCUUUGCUCAAAGAUUGCUCUGACGGAGCCAUGGGAUCCAUAUGAUAUUCCCGCCAAUUCAACCUAUGAAGAUCAGUAUUACAUCGGGGGACCUGGAGAUGAAAUUAUGGUCCAGGAAUGGUCUGACAGAAAACCAGCCAGGAAAUUGGAAUCCUGGGUUGGCGUUUACACAGUCAAAGACUGUUACCCUGUACAGGAAACCUACACGAAGAACUACAGCGUGACAACCUCCACUCGCUUUUUUGAUCUACAGCUGGGCAUUGCCGACCCCUCGGUGUUUACCCCACCCAGCACCUGCCAGACAGCCCAGCUGAGGAAGAUGAAAGACGAAUGCUGA